AUGGCCAUGGCGUCGAAUGGACAAACAAGCUCUCACGAUUCAUCACCUAGUCACCCAAGACAUGCACCAUCCAGAAAAUCAACCAAAAACUCAACGAUAUCGUUCAUGCAGCAGCCAGAAAGCUUGAUUUUGCCGGAUGGUGCGAUAGGGGCCGAUGCUGCUGAGCUACUGGAGGAGUUUGUUCAUCCGCAUCAUCCUGGCCGAGCCUACCUGACGGAGACAACACUGGUGGAAUCUGACACCUCUGCUGGAGAUGAAUCCGACAAUAACUCAAGGAAGGAGGUCAAGUCUCCGUGGUGGAAGAAGCCUUCUCCUUGGUGGUUGCUCAUGUUAAUGCCCUUUACCGCUAUUGCCACCUCCGCUACCAUAGCACCUCGUAUUGAAAUGUACACCAUUUUAGCUUGCAAGACCCAUCGUCCGGAUAUUUUUCGGGAAGUAUAUCCAGACUAUGAUAUGCAAGGCCUUGCAUCAGCCCUCUCCAGAUCUUCUGACCAAGUUGGGCCAACUUAUGCAUCCAACUCUUCGAGUGUACUAUCGGCACUCAGCGAGGUCUCUUUUUUGUCCACGGAUACUUGGACGGAUGGUAUUGAAAACAUGUCGAGAAGACCAAUCAAAAAGAACAAAUGUGCGGCUGAUCCUACAGUCGCUGCUGCUGUUGCAAAGCUGACAGCAGUAAUUUCUACCUGGAUGGGCACCCUGAGUAUUCUAACAACAGGCUGGUGGGGUGCUUUCUCUGACCGUUAUGGACGAACCCGAGUCAUGGGGAUAUUCAUCCUCUCGCUCCUAUUUGCGGACUUAAUGUUUAUUAUGGUAGCAAAAAUAUCACACCGCCUUCCAGGGGGAUACUGGUUUCUAGUAAUUGGACCCUCUUUAGAGGGCCUACUUGGAGGCUCAGCCACUGCUAUGGCUGCUAGUCACGGGUAUCUGGCGGAUAGCACGACUGAAACUACCAGAACAAGAGUCUUCUCAUUAUAUUUGGGAUUCCACUUCACCGGCAUGUCACUGGGAUCCGCAAUUGGUAGCUUGUUAAUUCGGUAUACCGGCCACAUAUUAUCUGUUUUCUACCUUGCCACAAUUCUACACCUCAUUUACACCAUUCUGGUGUGGACGGUCGUCCCAGAGUCGUUGACUCAGGAGCAGAUGGACGAGGCCAAGGAAAAUUACGCCGACGAGCUUCUAGAGUCUUCCAACAAUCACAACAGAAACCCCGCCUCCAUAAGAAUCAUUCCCUAUAUCAAACGGCUGUUCUCCUUCUUGAGCCCAUUGGCCGUGUUUAAGCCCACAGUUACCAAACCUGGUCAAAAUCCUCUUGCGAAGCCAAAGAAGGACUAUAACCUGGCGUUGGUUGCCAUUGCUUAUGGAGCUACUAUCUCCCUCAUGGGUUCGAACUCAUACAAAUAUCAAUAUGCAGAGUCGACGUUUGGGUGGAAGACGACGACAGUUGGGUAUUGGGUCAGCUUGACCGGGGUCACACGAGCACUUUUCUUGACAGUUGUUCUACCAGUCAUUAUUAAAAUUCUCAAACCUGAACCAGCGCAGAUUAGGCUGCCAGCAGAUCCCAACGAAACAACACCUCUCAUCAGAGGAGCGUCAAAUGGGAAACGCACGCGGCGCUCAAUAUCAUCCAGCCGUGUAAUGAGGCACAGGGAGGUACACUCUCCCGCUUUUGAUCUAGGCUUAGCACGAGCGUCUCUGGCAGUAGAGAUUGUUGGCUACGCCAUGAUGGGUCUUGCACCAGUAGGGUGGAUGUUUAUGCUAUUUGGAGUGGUGGGCUCCUUUGGUACCGGAUUCAGUCCCGCCGUGCAAAGUGUCAUCCUAUCUCUGUAUGCGAGCAGAGGUGGCACGGAGAUAGGCAGGCUAUACGGGGCCCUCAGCGUUAUACAGGCAUUAUGCUCUCAGAUUGUCGGGCCAUCUGUAUAUGCGUUCGCGUUUGUCAAGACUUUUGGCAUAUUUCCACCCGCGAUAUUUUUUAUCAGCGCAUUCUGUGUCACGACUUCGUUUGUAAUGCUCAGUUUUGUGAGAAUUCCAAAGGAAGAAGGCUUGCAACCGUUUGCAUCGGUAACGGAAUCAGGGGCCACCUCUGAGCUCUGA